AUGGUAACUACAGCCGAUGCGGCUGAUGUUACUACCGACGCUCCUGUCGAGCCUACCACUGUUGCACAAACGACCAGCACAGCAGCUCCCCUGGAAGUAACCACAUCGCCGGAUGUUACUGGAGAGGCCUCAUCCACCACAUUCGCUGCUACUACAACAGACGACGUCGCCACUGAUCUCGCGACUACAGCUGACUUCCCAGUCACUACUAUCAGUGCCACCACCAACGUUGAUGUCACCACCGAAGCCUCAGCGACAACGGCUGAGGUGGCCGAUUCUCAGGCUACUUCCAGCCCGAGUGUGUGA